CGCGGGAGACUAGAGGGCGUGUAGAUGGCGACGCCCCGGAAAGUAGAGGGUGCUUAUCACCGGGCAGCGGCCUGUGGACCAGCCGAGGCGGGCGGGCUCCGGCUUUCUCCGCGGCUUUGCCGGGCUUCGCACCUCUCGGCAGCCUCCUGAGUUCCUAGGGUUGGAGCUUGUGUGUUUUACUUCCGGAUCCCACGGCUACGACAACGGAAGCCGGAAGCGGGGGUUUCCACGGCGGAGAAGGGAAGGUCGACUGCUGAACUCGCACUUUCUCAGGAGCUCUGCGCCCCUAGGAGCGCUCGCAGCCCGCCGCUCCCGCCCUCCUCACGUCUGACCAACUCUGCUGACAGGCACUGCCGUGGUGGAUGAGCAGGCACCCCUGGAAGAGCCAGCUGUGUGAGAUGGUGCAGCCCAGCGGUGGCCCAGCAGGGGACCAGGACGUGCUGGGUGAAGAGUCCUCUCUUGGGAAGCCGGCGAUGCUGCAGCUGCGCGCGGAGCAGGGCAGCCCUGAGGCCCUCCAGCGCUGUCUGGAGGAGAAUCAUGAACUCCGAGAUGCCAUCCGGCAGAGCAACCAGAUGUUGCGUGAGCGCUGCGAGGAGCUGCUGCACUUCCAGGCCAGCCAGAGGGAGGAGAAGGAAUUCAUCAUGUGCAAGUUCCAGGAGGCCAGGAAGCUGGUGGAGAGGCUGAGCCUGGAGAAGCUGGAGCUGAGGAAGCAGAAGGAGCAGGCUGUGCAGGAGGUGGAGCAGCUGAAGAGAUGUCAGCAGCAGAUGGCUGAGGACAAGGCUUCUGUGAAAGCCCAGGUGACAUCCUUAUUGGGGGAACUCCAGGAGAGCCAGAGCCGCUUGGAGUCCGCCACCAAGGAACGGCAGGCUUUGGAGGCCAGGGCGCGGGUGGCCAGUGAGCAGGUGCGCCAGCUGGAGAAGGAGCGUGAGGUGCUGCAGCAGCAGCACAGUGUGCAGGUGGAUCAGCUGCGCAUGCAGAACCAGAGCAUGGAGGCUGCACUGCGUAUGGAGCGCCAGGCCGCCUCAGAGGAGAAGCGGAAGCUGGCCCAGCUGCAGGUGGCCUAUCACCAGCUCUUCCAGGACUAUGACAACCACAUCAAAAGUAGCGUGGUGAGCGGUGAGCGCAAGCGAGGGAUGCAGCUGGAGGACCUGAAGCAGCAGCUGCAGCAGGCCGAGGAGGCCCUUGUGGCCAAGCAGGAGGUGAUUGACAAGCUGAAAGAGGAGGCUGAGCAGCACAAGAUGGUGAUGGAGACGGUGCCAGUCCUAAAGGCACAGGCGGACAUCUACAAGGCCGACUUCCAGGCAGAGCGGCAGGCCCGGGAGAAACUGGCAGAGAAGAAGGAGGUGCUGCAGGAGCAGCUGGACCAGCUGCAGCGCGAGUUCGGCAAGCUCAAGGCCAGCUGCCAGGAGUCGGCCAGGAUCGAGGACCUGAGGAAGCGGCAUGUAGAGGUCCCGCAGCCUGCACUGCCCCCUACCUCUGUGCACCACUCCUUUCACAUGCCCAACCAGAGGAGGAGUCCCCCUGAGGAGCCCCCCGACUUUUGCUGUCCCAAAUGCCAGUAUCAGGCGCCUGACAUGGACACCCUGCAGAUCCACGUCAUGGAGUGCAUCGAGUAGGACCUGCUGCUGCCACACCUGGGACCUUGCCACCUUUGCCACCCUUCCCAGUCCAGAAUCGAGGGCUUGGUGCCACAGAGCAGGUCCAGUGGGUAGCUGGCUUCAGCCCUUUGCUCUUCCAUUCCUCUCCUUCCCUUCUGUCUGCCUGAACGGCUCGCCUCUCCUGCCAGCCCCCAGAAUCCAAGAGGGAGAGGCUCUAGAGAUGGGGAACCUCCCCAGCGCCCGCCCUAGCACUGCCUCUCCUGGCGGAGCUCCCAUGGGGCACCUGCCCGUGGCAUUCAGCCAGUGCCACUGGUGGGCCUUUGGGUCGGUGCCAGUGUUUCUGCUCAGAAAUAAUGGUGCAGUGAAAGUGCUGGCACACUAUUCAUGUGUGUCUUUGGGCUGGAGGUCAAGAGGUGGAGCUGUGGCCUCUGAGGGCUGGGCGGGUGGACCUCUGCUUUGCGGCCAUCCCAGGGCCCUUUUCCCCCAAAAGUGGAAGCCUCUUUCCCAAGGGCUGCUGGGGCCAUUUUACUCUGGCUGUGAGCAGGCUGCCCUUGUUUUUCAGCUGUUUUUCUAUUGGGUUGUUGUCUUUUCUUUCACGGUUUUUAGCAGCACUGUGGUCAUUGGGCAAGAGGACCUCUUGUCUGUGAUAGAAACUGCACACAUCUUUUCCCACUUUGUUUUUGCUACCAAUGGUUUUCGGCCUUGAAGGUUUUUUGGGUUUUUGAGGCAAGGUCUCACUAUGUAUCCCAGGCUGGGCUCAAACUCCUGAUCCUCCUGCUUUAGCCUCCUGGGGUGCUGGGAUUACAGGUGUGCCCCCUCUGCCUGGCAGAGGUUUAUAUUUUUAUGUAGUCAUGUCCGUUUUCUCCCUUGUACGGCUUUGAGUUUGGAGUUGCCAGCCCUCUGUGGCCUGCCAGAGGGGUGCUUCACGCUUGUACACUUUUCUUCCACAAGCACCAAAGUGUGCCCUCGCCUUUGCAUUGUGUAUAUUGCCUGGUGCUGGUGGUGACCACAGUCCAUCAUGUUCUAGAAGUCAGUGAUGCCAUGUCCUCCACUAACCCCAAAUGCCCUGGCCUUACAAGUGGAAGCCAGUUGGCACUGAUGGAUAGAUCAGGAACAGUAGGGCAUUCUUCACUCUGCGAGAGGUUCUGGGCACUUGGAGGAUGGCACAGCAAUUCUGGUGCAUGGAAGAAAGCUGAAGUUGGGAAGGCCUGCAGUGCGCAUGCAGCCCCAACUCGGCCCCACCCCCACAUUCUUUGGACCAGUACUUCCUUCUGUGUGCCUGUGAGAGGCCUGGCUGCUUAGUCUCCAAGGCCUGUAGAGAUCAGCCUGAGUCUGUAAGGGCAGCAAGCAGCAGCCUUUCUGUUUCCUAAAGUCCAGGCCUAUUACCCCCUGGACUUUGGGAAAGUACUGAAGGCACGGACAGGUUCUGUCAUGGGCCCUGCGUUUCAGUCCUGGUCUUGCAACUUUUUUGCAAGAGCGCUCUUAGUUCUGUUUUACCAUAAACCUGGUGGCUUAAGACAACAAAAACUCAUUCUCUCAUGUUUUGGAAAGCAGAAUCUGAAGGCAAGUUGUUUCUUUGGUCUUUUUCUUUUUCUUUCUCUCUCUCUUUCUCAUCUGUCUCUCUCUCUCAUCUCUCUCUCUCUGUCUCUCUUCUUUUUUUUCUUGAGACAGGAUCUUGCUAUGUGGCCCAGGCUGCCCUGGAACUCUCCUGAUCCUCUUGACUCACCCUCCUGACUCAGCCUCCUAGGUGCUGGGAUGACAGGCACGUACCACCAUGCCCAUCUCAAGUUGUGUCUUCAUGAGGCUCUGAGAAUUAGUCCCAGGCCUGCAGCAAGCUUUGGGCAGUUGCUGGCUGUCUUGGUGUUCCUUGGCUUGUAGACCCCACCUUUUGGGCUCUGCCUCUGGUCAUGUGGCCACCUCCUCCUUUGUCUGUAUCUUAUAAGGACACCACAUCUAGGAUUCAGGAUCCUCUGGAUAAGCCAGGUGAUUUCACCUCAAGAUCCUUACCUUCAUUACAUCUUCAAAGACCUUUUUUUUUUUUUAUUGGUACCGGGGAUUGAACUCAGGACCUUGCGCUUGUGAGGCAGGUGGCGGAACCACUGAGCUCAAUCCCCGGCCCCUUCAAAGACCUUUUUCCCUAAUCUCACACUCAUAAGUCCUAGGGGCCAGGACCUGCACAGAGAGUUCAAGUCACCUUCAGCUCCAAUUGGGGCAGACUCAGGGGCCUCCCUGCUCUGCAUCUCUGCUGGAGGGAUCUGGCCCGAGGGUGAUGGUCACUGGGUUGCAGGCACGGAGACAUCUGUCUCCAGGUGGAUGCUGCCACCCGGGCCGGCGGAUGGGGCAGGAGAGGCAGGCGUGUCACAGGAGGACAGGCUGUGGGGCACUGUUCCCCGGGUAAUGGCCGCUGGCUAUGGUGGAGGCUUCGUGCUUUGCAGGAGGGUGAACAGAGGGCUGUGUGAGCCCUCCCCAGUCAGCAGAGUGUGAGCGAGGGUCGCCUGGGGGCACCAGGUGGGGCAGGAUCAGAGCUGGACCUAGGCCCUUCCUGCCGCCUGGCGGCACCCUAUGUUGGACAGCAUUCUACCACUGGCCCAGACCCAGGAUGUACCGCUGCCUCUUCUGGUGCUACUUAGACUGGGGAAGUUCCCACAAGGGAACCCACCUCUUCGCCUUAGCAGCCAUGGUCCCCACUGCAUCCUGCUGCCCAGCGCCCACGAGAACUCCAGCUGGCCAGUGAGCCUGGUGUGAGCAGGACAGACUGCAGGCGCUCAUGGGAGCGGAAGUGGUGUCAAUAUGGCAACACGUGCAGCCCUGGGCAUGGCGCCCUGCCAGCAAGGCAUGGCCACAGCCUUGUGAUGUUGCCCCUCUGAGGGGAUUGCGUGGUGAGAUGGAGCCAGCACUGGGGAGCAUCCUAAGACAGUUGGGUGCUAACAGCAACUUCUGCCUUGGAGAGGCUCACGCUCCAUCCUCUGUAACCGCCAAAGGCCAUACUGAAGUCAGAGACCAUGAAUCUGGUGACACAGGCCCACAUAGCCAGCCUUUUAAGCAUCUUGAUACAUACAAUAUGCCCUGGAGUUAGUGUGAAAAGACCUAGCCAUGAAAUUAAUUGUAAAGUGUGAAAUAAAGUAAAUGCUGCAAGUGUG